AUGGCUCAAAGCCUUAUUAAACAUGCUUGGGUCCCCAGGAAGCCCUACUCUACCCAAGUUUACCGUAAGAUUUGGGGAAGAAUGGGGUUGAUGGGCUCCAUCAGUUAUAAGCUCAUGAGUGCUGAGGAAAGAAGCAAAGCUUUGAAAGCCUGGGGUCCCGCACCUGCUUAUGGUCACUGUUAA